AUGACAUCUCCCUUGAAUCGUCAGCAUCGACGAACUGCACCUUAUGUUAUUAUGAAUAAUCAUACGCGACCGCCAUCAGUAGCGUAUUCAGCACGACAACCUGAUCAAGAUCAAUCGACUAAUGCUGAAAAUAGUAUUCAAACAUUAACUGAUACUCCUCUCCAACAACCACCUCAAGAACAAAUUGAAAUUGCAACCAUAUCUCUGUUUAAUCUUAUUCGAAGAGCUCAGAGUGCAUUAAAUAUUACAGGUCGUCUUCGACGAUGGAUACGACGAAAUAAUCAACAUCAUGAACUUCCACAACGAACUGAUUCAUUUCUUGAAAAAUUUGCACCAUCAACGAAGAAUCAAUUAACUCAAAAUGAACAAAGUAAAAAUUGGGUAGUCGACCCAUCGAAAUCAUUUUAUUAUUAUUGGUCGUCGGUUGUUUCACUAGCUGUACUUUAUAAUUAUACAAUGCUUAUUGGUCGUAGUGCUUUUCUUCUACUUCAACAACGUCUUUUAAUUGUUUGGCUAAUUUGUGAUUAUCUUUGUGACACUUGUUAUAUUGUUGAUACAUUUAUACAAACACGAAAAGGUUAUCUUGAACAAGGUCUUAUUGUUCGAGAUAUUGCAAAAUUACGUAAAAAUUAUAUGCGAAGUCGAGCUUUUAUACUUGAUAUAAUAUCGUUAUUGCCCACUGAUUUUCUUUAUUUUAUUCCUAAACUUCGUCUAUUACCAGCUUUACGUUUUAAUCGUUUAUUUCGUAUUUAUCGUACAUUUGAAUUUUCGGAUAAAGUUGAAACACAAACAAAUCAUCCAAAUGUUUUUCGUCUUGUUUCAUUAUUAAUUAUUAUUCUUAUAAUUAUACAUUGGAAUGCUUGUUUUUAUUUUAUAAUUAGUCGUUGGAUUGGUUAUUCAAGUGAUGGAUGGGUUUAUAAUAUGACUACACCAACAGCAAAUACAUUAACAACACAAUAUUUAUAUUGUUUUUUUUGGUCAACGCUCGUAUUAACAAAUAUUGGAGAGAUACCACCACCAGAAACGGACAUUGAAGUUCUUUUCGUUACUGCUGAUUUUCUAACGGGUGUGCUUAUUUUUGCUACAAUUGUCGGAAAUGUUGGUUCAAUUAUUGCUAGUAUGAAUGCUGUUCGUGCUGAUUUUCGACAAAAAGUUGAUCAAGUAAAACAAUAUAUGGUAUUUCGAAAAGUUGGCAAAGACCUUGAACGACGCGUUAUUACUUGGUUUGAUUAUUUAUGGUUACAAAAACAAGUUGCUAAUGAAGAUAUUGUCUUAGGUGCAUUACCACAAAAAUUACGUGUCGAAAUUGCUAUACAUGUACAUUUAGCGGCAUUAAAACGGGUACCUAUUUUUGCUGAAGCUCAACCAGGUUUACUUGUUGAACUUGUCACAAGAUUAAAAUUACAAAUUUUCAGUCCUGGAGAUUAUGUUUGUAGAAAAGGUGAUAUUGGUAAAGAAAUGUAUAUAAUAAAACGUGGUCGAUUAAGUGUUGUAUCCGACGAUGGAACAAAAAUAUUUGUUACACUUGAAGAAGGAAGUGUUUUUGGUGAAAUUUCUAUUCUUAAUAUACCUGGAAGUAAAACUGGUAAUCGUCGUACAGCAAAUAUUCGAAGUGUUGGUUAUUCAGAUUUAUUUUGUUUAACUAAGCAAGAUUUAUGGGAAGUAUUAGCUGAAUAUCCAUCAGCACGUGACACAUUAAUUGAACGUGGAAAAGCACAUUUACGUAAAGAUAAUUUAUUAGAUGAAGAAGCAGCACAAUUAGCACAACAAGAUGAAGCAGCUAUACCUGAAAAAGUAGCAAGAUUAGAAGGAAAUAUUGAUAAUUUAGAAACACGUUUAGCACGUCUUAUGGGUGAAUAUACAUCAAAUAUGGCAUCACUUGGUCAACGUUUACAAACAGUUGAAAGAUUAGCUGAACAAAGGCGAACAACUCUAAUAGAUGAUAAACCUAGUCGAAAAAAUACACUGGAUGUUACCGGUAUUGGCACUCAUGACGAUGAUGUUUGA